CUGUAGCUGCUCCAGCUGUCUGCGCAGCUCACCCGCCUCGUCCCAGUGAGCGUCCUGCUGUCGCUGCUGGGCUUCCUGACAGAGCUGGGCCUCGUGGCGCAGCUGGGCCUCGUGGCGGAGGUGUGCGUCCUGACGGAGUUGGGCUUCGUGGCGGAAGUGAGCUUCCUGUUGCAUGUGAGCGUCUUGACGCUGCUGCUGAUGCCACUGCGCCUCCUCACGCUGCUGCCUUUGAGCCUCCUGCCUCUGGGCUUUGGCUUCGUCGCUCUGAAGACUCAGCAGGGUGUCUGCCGUUGGGGGCAGUGAGUUGGUGGAGGAUUCGGCGGGGGUUCGCGGGCAGUGAACCAUUCCCCAGGGUGGCAAUAGGCCUGCAGCGGCCAAGUUCGGGCUCAUGACAACCUCAGCUCCUCUGCUGACUUCAUUCAAAGCUCGUUUCAGACUCAGCACCUCUGCCUCAAAAACACCCAGCUUCUCUCGCAGGAUGGACACCUGGAGGAAGCAAAGAACAUGGUCCUGAAUGAUGUCAUCAGAGGAAGGGGAGGGGCGUAAGGGUCCUGGUGCGUCGCUCAUGUGACUCAACCUUUGAUAGGAUGAGGAACUCUUUCCUGAUGAGGAUCGACCGCUGUCCGAGGCACAAAGGCCAUUCUGAAGUGAAAAAAAUAGAAGCUUUCUUAUGAUAGCUAUGAAGCUUCUCGUUCUUCAAUCAACCAGCAAGGUAGCAGUUAGAAGACAUGUCUGGAAUUCUUCAUACAAGUGAACAAACUUUGGGACGGUGCAUGUGCAUCAUCACAGGAGCAUCAAAGGGUUUCGGACGUGCACUUGCACACCUCGUGUUAUACAAUCUCAAGCCGGGCUCAGGGCUCCUGCUGGUGGCACGCUCCAGACCUUUGCUCCAGGAGCUGAAAGAAGAACUGCUGCAAAGCCUUGAGGGCAUGCAGAACCUCACUAUUGACUAUACAGCGGUAGAUCUCAGCACCAAAGAGGGCGUGGAGAACAUCGUGGACAUGGCAAAACAGAUGAGUCUUAAAGAAUUAGACCAUGUGCUGCUUGUUAAUAAUGCUGCCUCAUUGGGGGACAUCUCCCCAUUUGAGAGCUUCACCGAGCUCAACCGGGUCAACGCCUACCUUGCUCUUAACAUCAGCUCUGUGUUGGCGCUGACCGCCGGAGUGUUGCAGGCCUUUCCGCCACGAGCCAGAUUGCGCUGGAGUGUGGUAAACUGCUCCUCAACAUUUGCGCUUCAGGCGCGGCCCUCUUGGGUGCUCUACUGCACUGCCAAAGCAGCCAGGGAGAUGAUGUUCAGGGUACUGGCAGUUGAAAAUCCCAAAGUCAAAGUGCUCAGCUACUCACCAGGGCCAAUGGACACAGAGAUGCAGAGGGAUAUUCAGAGACUGACAGGCAUCCAGUAUCACCUUCACCCAUGCAGGGAAUCUGCAACCAAGCUGAUGAGGGUUCUUUUAGACAAUGACUUUGCCACAGGAUCUCAUCUUGAUUUCUUUGAGUUGUGAUU